AGAGAAGCAAAGAAGGGAUACUGAACAGAGCAGCAGAACGAAAAGGGGAGACAAUUAUGAACACAAUCUACGGAAGAGGCCAAUGUUUUGUGGGCGAGCAGCAGCAGCAGCAACAACAAGCUGGUGGUUGGUCUGCGGUCAUGUCAGUGUGGUGGGAAGUUGCUCCAGAUGCUAAUCCGGAGCUUAGUCGGAGUUGGGAGGCUGAAGCGUGCCCAGCUGGCCUAUCAGAAGCCUUCCAGUCGCAGCAGGCUUAAGCCCCAAGCCUUGGGCGUGGCUAGUGGCUGCUGGCUACCGAGAAACCC